AUGGACGUGGUGGGAAGAGCUGCUGGUGGUGACGCUCCUUUGGGGACUCUCUCCAACCCAUGGUUACGGACCACCAAUCAUAUUUUGGGCGCUAUUUGGAUUUUCUUCUGCACGAUCUUACUCGUCAUGCGAAUGUACACCAAGAUCCACAUAAUGAGGAAGUUUUGGUGGGAUGAUGGUACGUUUUCUUAUGCUUAUAUGGAUUGGACUAUCCUUUCGAUUGGUACUCAAUCUGUUAUUCUCUACGGUUACAGCUAUGGAGGCUAUGGUGUCCACCUGGAGUACCUGACUCCCGCGGUUCUCGAUAUCUAUGUGAAAACCAUUCUCUCCGCCGCGAUUAUCUACGUCCCUACCCUAGCUGCGGCCAAGUUCGCUCUGCUGAUGCUUUACUAUCGUCUGUUGCACAUGAUCCGCAUCUGGAGAAACAUCAUCUUCCUCGUCACCUUCUUCAUUGCCGGCUACACGAUCGCUCUCACCCUGGGUCUCAUCUUCCCUUGCCAACCCAUAGCCAAGAACUGGGACUUGACCAUCACGACCGGUCACUGUGUCAACCGCGUCGGAUUCUAUCUCGCUACGGCUAUUACGAACACAGUUAGCGAUGUAUUAUUGAUCAUCAUCCCCAUCCCAGUCAUAGCCAAGCUGAAGCUUCCCCUGGUCCAGAAGCUCGGGGUCGGCUGCAUGUUCGGAAUUGGUUGUUUGUAG